UUGAAUUAAUGUCAUUGUUAACAUAGAAAAAAUGGCAUAAUAAAUAGCAAUUCUUGGAUAAAUUUUUCAUGGACUUGGACUAAGCAUAAUGUUUGUAUAGUUAAAUUCUUAUUACAUGAAGUCUGCAGAAGCAUCAAAUUAGUGGAACAUUUUUCAGAUGACUACAACAUCAGCAUAGAAAUCUUCGUUAAAAGCUGAAAGCUAAAAUGACAGACACACGAGAUUAUCAUCACCGCCCAUCCAGUGUAUUUUCAACGGACACUAUGAAAUUAACCAGUAGCGCCUCGGAACAAAACGUUUACUUUACGUACGUGUGUCUUGUCAACGACAUCAAACCAAGUGGAAAUCUAUCAACUAACUAUAAAGCUUGCGAAAAGUUAUCUUCACAUGCUGAUAAUGUUUCUUCUUCGCUAAAUGCAGAGACAAAUCAAGAAGAGCAAACAAUUCAAGUAGAAAGAUCAAAAGCACUUCAUGAACUUUUGAACAUUGAAUCCUACAAGAAAGCCGAUUUAGGUGAAGAAAUCGGAGAACGUAACGACGCUGAAUCAUCCAAACAACCAACCACAUCAGGAGAAGAUAGCGAGCUAUCUGAGAACGAUGAAAAUAAUUUCCUUCCCUGCGACAACCCCAAUGUUUUAAAACUAACGAAAAUGAAGUGGCUCUCUGAAGAUCACGACGACGACCACAAUUCUAGUUCACCAUCGGUAUCACCAGUUUCAUCAAGUUCUAACUGCAGCAAAAUAUCUGAAGAAGACCUCAAAGAAAGAAACGAGAUGGAAGAUAAAUAUUUGUCGACCAUACUGCGGUUAGACAAGGAACAUAAUUUGUUUGGAUUGUCCAACAUAGCCAUCGUUGGAGCCAAACAAUCGAAGAGUAAACGUAAGGAUGAUGAAAAGGCUGUGUUCCACCAAACAGCUAUAGUUCAAGUAUGCUGUGGCAAAAGUUGCUGCAAGCAUAAGAGUAAUACCGAUUUGCCGGCUUCUUUAAAGUGCGGCGGUGGUUGUCGGGGCUGUUGUACUGAUCCAUUCUGCCAAAUAUGCGCGCCUCCUUGUAGCAAGGUUUGCUUGGAUGAUCCAUCAUGUAUUACAUUGCCAUCGUGCGGUUCUUGCCCAAGAGGAAGAUGUUCUUGCAAGUUCUCACGCCCAACCUCAAGAUGCGCCUUGGACUGCAAUAAUUGUUAUGGCUUAAAGAUCAGAGUAAAUCGUAAACCAAAAUACGAUGAACCAGUCGUAGAAUUGACUCCACGUUCUAGCUGUGUUCUGCAUAAGCCAAUGGCGGCUAGAUCCUGCCAUCAUACGCCGCAAUGCAUUCCACCGUCUUCUUGCUUUCCUUACCUGAUGCCAUGCUAUUGGCCAUCUCGGCCUUCUGCCCCUUGUGCCACCCCAACACACUGCUUCCAUAAUCCUCCAUGUCCACCUCCCAAGAAGCGAGUGAGAGUUCCCAUACCUCCUGAAUACAUUUGCCCUGAAAAAUGUGUAGAUGACGCUAAUAAGACGAAAUGUCCUAAUGAUCAGUGCCCAGGGAACAAUCCUCUUAUGAAAGGAAUUAUUGAAAAAAGAUUCAAAGAAGGAAAUAAGUAAUAAUGGUAAAACCAAACUACAAAAUUCAAUGUCGUCGUUGUUUUGAAGAAGACAACGACAGUGAUUCUCAGAAAGCUAUAGAACACCUUGACAAUGCUAUUUGUAAUAUUAAAAAGAAGAAGAUUAAGAAACGCAAGCACCCAAUUACUGACUGCGAAUGUUCGCUGCCUGGAUGCGCCAGUUGCUUCGUGAGAAGACCUAAGCGAAAAAGCUACUGUCAUAAAAAAGUUUAGUUUAAAAAGUUUUACAUUAUCGUUUUGUUAUAUACAACUUUGCAUACUUCGGGCUUAACGGAAAUGUUAUCUCAGCCCACAAAAUAUUAGCCACUUCAUAUCUCAAUCAGCUGUCAAGAUUACUUCUGUCUCAAAAACAAUAAGUCCUAAAAAUCUCCUGAGUUCUCUCCAAAUCAAAAAACCUACAAUGCUAUAAAAAGUAAAUAAAAGCGUAGUCUUUA